UCAAUCACAGUACAAGAAUUCGUUGCAACGACGCGUUUUGGGAUGUUUUUUUGCCUUGGAAUUCCGCUGACGUUUUUUCCCCUUCACGGUGGUGCGUGCCUUUUCGUGUCGUUUUGGAUAAAAUCAGGCCGCUCUUCUGUUUCGUUUUUUCUUUCUUUUUUCCGGUUAAAUUUUAGAAUAUAAAGUCAAUGUCAGAGGUUGGAAUGGACCCAUGUGCAGCCAAUCCUGGACCCAUUGAUCCUUCAAUACUAUAUGAUCAAGAAAAUCAUGUAUCUUCAGCUGUUUGGGAUGGCCAGGAGCGUGGUGCACUUAGAUGUCAUGAACACACAUCGAAGUUAGGUGAGUGGAGACUCACCCCUAAGCAGAUCGAGUUGGUUGAGAAAGCAGGGUUUGGGUACUUGCGGAAGAUACCAGCUAUUAGUUUAGAUAAUCCGCUCAUUUCAGCAUUAGUUGAGAGGUGGAGAAGAGAGACAAAUACAUUUCACUUCACCAUGGGGGAAAUGACUGUUACUCUUCAAGAUGUUGCCUUCUUGUUGGGAUUGGCAAUUGAUGGGGAUCCAGUGAUUGGAAUAACAUAUACCACUUGUAGCAAAGUGUGUGAAAGGUAUCUAGGGAAAGCACCGGACUCUACUUAUGCGAGUGGUGGGAUGGUGAAGCUAAGUUGGUUGAAAGAGUUCUUUUCUCAAUGCCCUGAGGAUGCAUCAACUGAAGAGAUUGAGCACCACACGCGUGCUUACCUUUUAUAUCUUGUGGGAAGCACAAUUUUUUCAACUACAACGGGGAAUAAGGUCCCCGUUAUGUACCUUCCAUUGUUUGAGAAUUUUGACGUUGCUGGGAGAUACGCAUGGGGUGCAGCUGCGUUAGCAUUCUUGUAUAGGGCACUUGGGAAUGCCUCUGUUAAAUCUCAAAGCACCAUUUGUGGAUGUUUGACAUUACUUCAGUGCUGGAGUUACUAUCAUCUAAAUAUUGGUCGACCGAAGCUCAAUAGGGACCCUAUCCAUGAUCAUUUUCCUUUUGUACUAAGGUGGAAGGGAAAGCAGAGUGGUCCAACGACAAACCGUGAUGUAGUUUUCUACCGAAAGGAACUUGACUCCCUAGAACCAUGUAAUGUAGAGUGGCUUCCUUACAAACACAUGGAUAGCACAGUAAUCCCCGAGGAAAUUAGAAGUACUUUGGUUUUGGGGAGGUCAAAGACGAUGUUGAUUUGCUUUGACAAGGCAGAAAGACACCUCCCUGAUCGUGUCCUAAGGCAAUAUGGCAUGUUUCAACCAAUCCCUGAAGAUGUGGCACGAUGGGUGAGGAAGAGUCGUGGAGUUGAUGGUGGGGUUGACUUAUCUGGGAAAAUGGAAUCAGAACUUAAUGAAUGGGCUGAUCGGAAGCUCCAUAUUGUGGAAGGUGAUAAUGAUGCUGAUGAAAACGAAUACACGUGGUGGUACUUGAGAAUAACUCGUAAAGUUGUAGGGAGACCUAUUUCUCUCUCAUCAGAGUUUCAAAGAACUAUUGGUGGUUUACGGGAAAUUUCAUACUUAGCUGACACUUUCCCGUCAGAAGGACUGGAGCCUGAUCAAGUUGAUUUACUUUCCAGGAUUAGGUCCAUUGCACAAGAAUGCUUGAGAGACCAAGUUGGAGGUCCACUUGUAGCAUCACCCAUUGUGGGAACUGAACUCAGGAAAAGGUCUAGGGGGAAAGAGAGGGUAAGAAGAAAGGGUAGUGGGAAACGAAAGCGUGGUAAUGAUCCCAUGGAUGGUCAUGGAGCUAGUGAGGAUGAGUCUAAGUAUUGCGGUGUGCUUGUUGCAGUAGAUCAGUUACACGUGCAUCAAGCUGAUGAUGAGGUAGAUCAUAUGCCACUCUGUAUUACAGCUGUUGAGGGUGACACUGCACCGCUGUCUGAGGCACCUAACAAGGUUGAUGACAUGCAACUUCACGAUGCAACUGAUGUGAUUGAUGCCUCACAGUUUUGUGAUGCAAGUAAUGAGGUUGAUGACUCAAAUAUGUCUCAUGCUAUUAGUGAAAGUGAUCUGCAAACAGUUAAAACAGCAGAGGAGGUUAUUCCACAGUCCUCUCAGCUACCUGAUGCAACCAAUGAAACCAAUGAUUCAGAAAUUCAUAAUGCAACUAACAAGCCCAAUGACUCACAAGUUAAUGCUACUAAUGGGGUCAAUGACCACCAAACUCUGGUGGCUACUGAUGUUAAUGAAUCACAAACUCAUGGUGCAACUAAUACGGUCGGAGAGUCACAACCCUCUGAUGUUGCUGUUGAUAGUGAUCAGAAAACAGAGAACGAGGCAAAGGUUUCUCCACAGUUAUCUCAUGAAAAUGUUGAGGAUCUUGCACAGCAGGGUGAGACUAGCAUUGUAGCAUAAAGUGGAAGCAUUGUCAUGUGAUAUUCUGGAGGCUACCAAAGAUUAAUUGGACUUAGCCUUCAAUUAGUGCCAAGGACAAUUUUUAUUGUGUAAUGCCGGAGAGUUCAAAGUGCCUGUGCCUGGUCUUUUUUAGGACAUCUUCUGUGGCUUGUAGAAUUAGCUGUCAUUAUCAGAGAAUUAAAUUUAUAUUUCAAUUUAGAUGACGGGUUUUUAGGGAUGGUAUUAUUUAGAAUUAGCAUGUUUUCUUCUGGUAUUUUGCCAUCUUCAUGCAGCUUUUAGCAAAUGGCAAGAUAUGUUCAUUUUUGUUUCGAUGAAUAUUGUAUAUGGUGUUAUACUAAAUCUGCCGUUGGUAUUAGCAUGGAUGAUCUUCUGACAUGUUAGUAAAUCUGUACUUGAAUUAGAUGGUUAUAUGUACUUGCUAACACCUCAAAAGUUUGCACUUUUUC